CGAAGGUUCUGCGUUGUAUUGAGGGUCCUUUUGCUUUCCUGCACUGGUGUCCUGUGCGUCAAAGGCUUUUCUGCAUGCGCGAUAGCAUUGGUCGGCGUAGCCUUUGUGUACUUGCUGAACGAGGAAGCGCACCAAGCCUUUUUUCCACUAUCACUGUGACCAGUGUAGUGCCAGACGAAGUCGAAGAUCGAAGUAUGGAGAAAAUGGCAUCAGCAGAGUCCUCAAACUCAAGGGGUGCUGCUAGAACAACCAUGAAUGAGAACGAUCACCUACAGAAAAAGCAGUACUAUGCAGAACUACCUUGCGGUGUGCCCGUGGUAUUCCGGAGAAUACCCGGAUCUGGAGGACUCUUUUUGUGCGAAGAUGAGGGACUGAGCAAAGCAUUGGCGCAGCAAGAUGAAGCCGG